UCUAUUUCCCGAAGCGAUUCAAUGUAAACCACGUCGAUGAGAGACGGCUUGGCUUGAGGCGAUUUCCAAAUUCCAGUGAUCUCGCGACUGUGAACACGUGACCGCAACCCUCGGCGCCACCUUUGUUCCCAGUCCCUAAUGACUGCGAGUUCUUCUCUCCACUGGCUUGAGACUCCCGACUCUCGUCUGUGCGAAAAUGCAGUGAGAGAUCACGGCGUCCCGCGGUGGAACGUGCUUCGCAGGCGGAUUGGCUCCGAAGCUGGCACGUUCCAGCUUGUUAUCGAUCGCUCCACACCCCAUGCGUGUCGCUGCUAUCUGCUUCGCCUUGUUGGCCGUGUUGGUGUCGGGCGCUGCCGCCGCCCCGCUCACGAGCAGCUUCUCGGCCGGGCUGCUAGGCGUCCUUUCAGGCAAGCCGAAGCUGAUCUUCGGGGCCAAGAAGACUUUCAAAAUCGUGUCGUUCUCGGAUAUGCACUUUGGAGAGGGGGAAGACGUCGACUGGGGUCCACAACAGGACGUCAAUACCUCCCAUGUGCAUAGUGUCGUAUUGGACAACGAGCGCCCCGACUUCGUGGUGUUCAAUGGAGACUUACUCACUGGCGAGAACCUCUUUAAGGAGAACGCGACCAAGUACCUGGACCAGGUUUGGGCGCCUACUGUGGAGAGGAACAUUCCAUUCGCGUCUACCCACGGGAACCACGACAACUCGUUCAACAUUACACACGAGGAAGAGAUCAACUACGAGAUUGCCCAACACGGCAAGACACUGUCGUACACUCGGUCGGAUGUCGGAGCUCGCCCGUAUGGCUUGGGCAACUAUUGGGUCCCUGUGUAUGCCAAAGCAUCGGAUGUGAAGCCCGCAGUGAUUCUGUGGUUCUUCGACUCUCGGUCGUUCGUCACUGGAGAAGCAGGGCCUGUUCCCGCUGCAGCGGAUUACUAUUGGGUUGAUGAAAACACGGUGCCGACCUACAUCGAGGAGCAGAGCGCUCUGAUGAAACGUGUGUGGGGGAGUCUUCCCCGCGCCUUGGUGUUUGUCCAUAUCCCUGUGCAAAAGGCCGACGAUCUGGCUCCUCUGCCAAGCGCAGGAGAUCACGACGACGAACCGGACCCCUCGGCGCAAGGAUUUCUCAACAACGUGUACACUGGCCUCGAUCUUCCAUUUUGGAACGCCGUCGUCAGCCAUCUCAACGGUGGACCGUACGGUGGGAACGUUCUGGCAGUCACCUCCGGCCAUGACCAUGGAGAAUCGUGGUGUGCCCGUUCCACCGAUUCGUCGGGCAUCCCGAUCUGCUUCAACGGGCAUUCUGGAUAUGGCGGGUACGCUACGACGCACAGCCAAGUUCGAAAUGGACGUGCGUUUGAGUUGAAGCUGAGUGAUUUGGUGAAGAAGUCGCCCACGGUCAGAUCGUGGAAUAGCUAUGAGGACUGUACGACGAAUGAACAUGUCAUCCUGGGACCGCACUACAUGCCGCAGUACAAUGAUGUUGCGCGUUAAACUCAAGAAUGAAAACAAGCUGUAGUUGUAGUAGACACAAUACCGAUCAUGAUUACCAGGUCUUUCACACUGACUCUAGAGAACAGUCAAAGCCUCAAUCCUCGGCUUCAUCAUCCCGCUCUUCCAGCUCGGGGGUCUCAUCACCAGCUUCCUGACGCUUGGUGACGGCGUCACUGUCGGCAUCUUCUUCGUCGUCUUUGCUCCUCUUCGAUUCGGAUGUGUCCUCGUCUGUGGUCUCGGUGGCCUCGGCGUCACCUGCGUCCUCCGUGGCUUCAUCGUCGUCCCGCUUGUCAAAGAUCUCGCCCUCCUCAUCUCCUUCGUCCCGCUUCCUUGCCUCGCCCUCGCCCUCGUCAUUGUCUCGCUUCUCGGCAAUUGUUUCUUCAGCCUGUUCGUCGUCGUCCCCCCGCUUCGUUUCCUGUUCCUCUCCAUCUCCGCAAUCCUCCUCCUGUCGCUUUGAGACCUGACUCAACCCCGCAUCCGCAUCCCCGCUUUCCUGCCCCUGUUUCACCUCGUCCUGGAACUCGGCGAUCCACUUUAUCAGCCAGUCGUUAGUGAGCUCUGACGUGCCACUGUCGGCCAUCUUCUUCUCGACGACAGGAACGGUUUUGAGGCUGUCGAGCGUAUCCUGCGAGAGAUUGAUGUUGCUCGCGUUGACUGCGAGGAGGAAGUCGCGGCGCUCCGAUGGAGUAGCGUCCUGGUACGAGGCGAGACUGAAGUCGCGGCGCUGUACGAGGGAUUGAAUAAACUGGGUCUAUCCUGGGACUGACACUCACCGAGAUGGGCUUUGCGUGA